GACUUGUAAACUCAGCCGCCAUGUUAACUAGCUCUGAUGACCUUCAAUGACCGAAGUUUCAUCCGUGGAAGUCUGGAUAAAGAAACAGCAACUUCUACCAACUAGAGUAGGCGGAGAUUCGAACUCGAUGGCUUCCGUGCGAGAAGAGAAACCUAAAUGUAUGUGGAAGCCAAAUGCAGAUCAGUCGACCAACAUUGGCGACUUCCAGUCAGUUGUGAAUCAGACAUUUGGCUUGAAUUUAGAAACUUAUGAGGAGCUGCGUAAGUGGAGUGUCAAUCAACAUACAGAUUUCUGGGAAAUGUUUUGGAAAUUUGCCAACAUUGUCCACUCCCAUCCAUAUGAUGAGGUUUUAGAUGAGUCUAAACCAAUGGAAGAGGUUCCAGAAUGGUUCCAUGGCGCUCACCUUAAUUUUGCAGAAAAUCUUCUACGCUUUGAUGAUGAGAAAGUUGCUUUGUACACUGCAGGAGAAGGGCAAGAGGUCAAGACCGUAACCUUUCAUCAACUAAGAAAGAGUGUGGCAUUACUAGCUUCUGCUCUGAAAAAUCUUGGUAUUAAGAAAGGAGAUAGAGUUGUCG